AUGAACACAGGGAAUAAAUGGAAGGAAGAAGUGUUGGAAGAAUUAAGAAAAAUAGGAGAAAACCUGAGCGAGAUAACAGAGCUGUUGAUGGCAGGGCAGACUGAAUGGAAGCAGAAAAAGCAAGAAAGUGAAGAAAGAAGAGAAUUAGAGAAAGGAACAGAGAAAAAGGGAAAGAAAGAAAAGAAAGAAGCAAAGGGUAAAGACAGAGAAGAGGCAGAAAGUGAAAAGGAGGAGGGAGAAGAAACCGAAACAGUAAAUAAUCACAGGAGGCUAGAUGAAGCAAAGAAUAGGAAGGGGGAGAGGGACAAAGAGACAGAAUUGGAAACAAGAAAAGAAAAAGGAGAGGAGAAUCAAGAAGGAAAGAAAGGGGGAGAAAGUGAAGAAGAGAGGGAAAGGAACAAGGAAGAAGAGGACGAUAGAGAGUGGAGAGAAGAGUGGGAAAAGAGAAUGGAGGAAGAGAGAAAAGAAAGAAGGAAAAGAAGUAUCGUGUGGAAAGGAGUUGACGGAAGGGAUAAGGAAGAAAGAAGCAGGCGAAUAAAUAUCAUGAUACAACUGGAGCUAGGAAAGAAGACGGAGCCAAGAAAGAUGACAGAAGUCUUAGGGGAAGGAGGUAGACGAGUAAUACUGACAGAGCUGGAGACAGAAGAAGAUAGAAGGAAAAUAAUGUGGAGGAAAACAGAAAUCUGGAAGAGAUGGAGAGUUACAGUGGAGGAGGACCUGUCAAGGGAGGAGAGAAAAAUAAGAUGGCUAAUAAGAGAGAGGGCCAAAGAAGAGAGGGCGAAAGGGAAAAAGGUGGAAUAUACAAGCAGAAGGAUAUGGGUGGACGACCAGGAAUGGAUCUGGAAUGAAAAAGAGAGAAAAUGGAAGGUCAAGGAAGGAAACAAAUCAGAAGAGGAAGAGGUAUAG